GGAUAGCAGUCCUGCAUGCUGCAGUCGGGGCUGCACGGGGGAGCAGGUUUAUCGCAAGAAAAAACUGUUUCACUGUAAACUUGUAAUGCAGAAAGUGUAUCUCAGAAGUGUUUGUCUUGCGUCACAGGCAAGACAGGCGAUUUUUAGCUGUGUUUUCCCUUGGGAUGAACCUCGCAUGGUAAGUUUUCCCUGUCGUGUAGUAGAGCAAACUUGUGAUGCAAAACUUGCAAAAUGCUUACAGUGAAACACUUUUUUCGUACGAUAAGGUUUGAGCGACGGCAUGACGGCGUACGAAGCCCCUGCUCCAGCUGAAACCGCCGCGGAAAAAAAGAAGAGGAUUAAGAACCAGGUCGCGGCGCAGAAAGUGAAAGCGGGUCAACAAGAAAAAUCUGCAAAUGAGGAAGAGUCCUCAGUGGCGUCUUCGACCAAAUCGACUAAAUCGAAGACGAAAAGUGGAACAUCCAAGUCCGGGAAAACGACGAAGACGAAAACGGCUUCGUCCGCCAAAUCGAAAACCAAGACAAAAACGGGUUCCAAGAAGUGAACUGGUUGAGAAGUUUUUAAACCUUUGAAGAUACUUCGUGCUAGUACCACAGACAGAUUGCAUUUUUCAUCUCAAUAUACACAUACAAUUUUUUAUUCGCAGAUACUGACUUACUACACUUUUGACAAUUUUAACUUACUUGACAGAUAUUCGAAGAAAUUCUAUCCCGUUUCACUUUUGACAGAUGCAAAUUACCUUUUCAGAUUUUAGCCAAGGACAAACCGAGAAUUGCUUCCACGUUUCACAAGGCACAGUUUUUGUACAGUUCGGAGGUACUCGAGUUUCACUCUCAGAAAAACACAUGUGUACUGUUUUAGCAAAAAACUAUCGAAGGUUUCUUUUUGUAAUACGGAAAUUGAAACAACACGACUAGAAGUCAGGUUACUAUUUCCACAAGCACACUCUGAAUUUUCCAAAAAUUAUCCAACUUUUGAUCUGCCUGUACAAUGUAGUUUCGCUUUGACAGCGUGGUAAUAGAAGAAAGGUUCGUUUUAUUUCCGCCACAGACACAAUUCUUCCCGACAGUAGUAGCAUUUUCAACGACAGAAAGAGGCUGAGGUUCUUCUUCCAAUCGCCUGCUAAGUAGUAAUCGCGUAAAUUUAAAUUUUAUCAACGGAACAAUUUCAACAUCAUACACCUUAUGGUUUUGUCUUAAACUUUCGAUAUCAGUUUUGUUACGAAGAACUUGAUUAUGUAUACGCCUUGUCCACUUCUUUUUCGACUACAACAUGUAAAUUAUCGCUUUUGAACAAGAUGAACGUACUUACAAAGUUGCAGAGAUAGUUUUUCGUUUUAGAUUUGGUGACCAUAAAUGCAGCAGUACUGGUAGACCACUUGCACAGAAUGUUUGAACAAC